CAUCUUCUCAAUGGCUCCAAGUACAGAUUCUCAUGAUGAAUGUGGCUCCAUGUACUCUAUGUCAUCCUCUCGGUUUGAGGAUGAUGAAGAUAACGUUGGUUAUGGUGAUGGUUUAAAUGAAGAACCAGAAACUGAGGACGAUUUUAAAGAUAAAUUAAUGGCUGCGAUUGAUGCAACAUUUGUAAAAGCCUCAAAGACUCGAGUUACUGCCCUUGAGGCUAUUCGUAAAGCCUUCAUAUCGAGAUACGCCAUUGAUUUUAUAGCAGAAAGACGUGCAACUUUUUGUGAUAUAUUGGAAAGGUGUAUCAAAAAAGGAAAAGGUGAAGAACAGGGAUCCGCUGCUCUUUUGGCGGCCAUUAUUUGUAUAUCUUUGGGUUCUGGUGAAGAUACUGAUGCCAUUUUCAUUGAAUUAAAAUCUCAAAUGUUGACCAUUUUGAUGGAUAAAAGUGUCGGACCUAUUGUAAGGUCUCAAUUUGCUUCUACUUUAGGUUUAUGUUGUUUCAUUUCAGGAUCUGAUUGUGAAAGUUGUGAUGAAAUAUUGGAAUCAUUUCAAACUCUAUUCAGUGCAUCUUAUUUUAAAGGUAACGGUGUAGCUCCCAAUCAUGGUACCGAUAUAACCGCUCUACAUGUCGCCUGUUUAUAUGCUUGGACACUUGUUUGUACCACUCAACCGGUCAGUUAUGUUGCUCAGUUUGCCGAUAAAUAUUUAACCAAACUAAUUGAGCUAUUAGAUAGUAGUGAUGUUGAACUUAGGAUUGCCGCAGGUGAAACAAUUGCCGUUAUCUUUGAGAUUUGUCGUGAGGGUCGAAUGGACAUUUCACCUGGAAUUGGUCUAACUGAUAAAUUACGACAAUUAGCCACUGAUAGUCAAAAGUUUAGAGCUAAAAAGGACAGACGGAAACAACGUUCAAGUUUUCGAGAUGUUCUUAAAUAUAUUGAAGACGAUGAGAUUCCCUCAGAAACAGUUAAAUUUGGCCGAGAAAGAUUAUUCAUCGAUUCGUGGUGUCGAAAAAGACAAUAUGAAGCAUUUUGUAAUGUUCUAGGAUCUGGAAUGAACUUACAUCUCAAACAAAAUGAUCUUUUACGCGAUGUCUUCGAAUUAGGUACUCCUUUACCAAUCGACGAACCAGUUCACAAAAUGAGUAAAUUCCAAAAGAAAAUGGAAAAUAUCGCCUCAUUUAAAGCUCGAACCAAAUCACGAGGAAAACAACGUGAUAAAAAGUCUGAUGUUUGGUAGUGGUUUUAAUUGUCGAAAUUAAAAGAAAAAUUCGAUUUAAAAAAGUGCCAAUUCGAACUGCCAUUGGAGUGGAAAAGAGAAACAAUCAUUACCAAUAUUUAGAUUUAAAUUGUCAGCGUCAUCGUUAUCUUCGUCGUCGUUUACAAUGAGAUUAAAUUUACAAUUAAAUGUGAAGAAGGUACAAUUAUGCCGGUGGACAUCAUCUUGUAAACUCUUUCAUCUUAUUCGUCGAUUUGAUGGACUUGCGAGGAAAGUUUUUUGUCUUUCGAUAAAUUAACGAAAUUCUAUUCAAAUUUAAUUUUUAUUGUAUUUUAUCUUUAAUUUACCUUUUAAUGAUUUCAAAUUAACCAAGAAAAUAAUCCAGUUUCAUUUUAUUUUCUA